AUGAAUCUGAAUUAUGUAUAUGUUCGUAUUUGGAAUAGGAAUACUUUAUCAAGAUACACAGACCCUCUCUACGAAAAUGACCCUUUGUCACAUCAAAAUUAUAUUAGAUUAUCACAACUUGACAAGCCUGGGGAAUUUUUACCAUCAUUUAAUUGGACUAAUUAUUUACGUUCAAUAUUAUCUCCAAUAAAUUAUAAAAUAAAUUGGAGAACAGAAAUUUAUGUUUCUGAAGUUGGAUUAUUACAAAGAUUAGCUAAAACUAUAGAAAAAUUAACAGAUCAACAAAUUGCUGAUUACUUAGGUCCUUUCAUUAAUAUUUAA